GGAGGGUAGGGGGAGGGUCCGCCAGGUAAGACACACACCGCCUCAGUGUGCUCUUGGCCACGGUCACGAGCGGACUGCAGCGCUUGGCCGCUCUGAGUGUUGGGGAACCGCUCUCUCUCCCCUUCUUUUCUCACUUUAUAUAUACACACAAUCGCAUUCUACCUCUUUAGUCAGAGAAGAAGCGCUUCCCCCUAGCAUCGGGCUGGCCUCGAUUUUAGAGGGGAUUUUUUCUUUUUUUCUCUAGAGUUAACAAGUGUUAUGAAAUGAAAAAAAUACUGAUGUGAAAAGUGUUUUUAUUCUAUUUUUCCGAGCACCGAGUGAUGUGAAUGUGUCAAAACUUUUGAUAUGCAUGAUGAUCAUAUAAGUGAUACCAAAGUUUUAUAGAAUUAUGUGAUAGUGUCCUCAUCAGUGUAAUGAGCAAAAAGAGCGAAGUGGCUUCACAAAACCAAAAUAAGAAAUAUAUACGUGUAUAGUAUGUGCAUAUAUAUAAAUAUAUAUAUAAUAUCGAUGAAUAUAAGUAUAUUAGCAUAUUACACACCCACCAAAUUACUGUAAAUUAAAGAGAAUAUCACACGGUAAAAUUCUACGGCCACGGCACGCCCGCAUUAAACUCGAUGAUUGUUUAGUCCUCCGGAGUGCAUCGCCUGCGCUGCAACUUGAGAGUACUCCAAGAAUAAUCAGUGAGGCAACUAAAAAUCCCAGGAGGGAAUAGAGACGCAGAAUCAAUUAGUCUCGCGAAUAAUUAAUCAAGGGAUUUAUCUCAUUAGAAUAACUUAAUCCUGUCCUCUUACGGAUAAGAUUAUUAAGUUGGUUGAGCCCAGCGACGACUUGCCAGGAUAUCGAAGUUUCUAAAGAAAAGCCUUUUGUAGACGAAGUGCAGUUUCUGCCUUUUUUGUUCUUUUUGUUUACGUGAAUAACGAAAAUAAGAAAAGUCCUAUAUGUGAAUAAAGUUAAAUAUCAGACCCACAGAUUUAUCGGAAAAUACGCAGAGCGGAAAAUAGUUGAUGAUUGAAAUGUGGAGUGCACUUUUAGGAGCCACCCUCGUGAAAUUAAUUCUGGCAAAUUAAAUGCUGAACUUUCGGUAAUUUCGCAAUGAGGUUAUUAGUCCCCAUGUAAGAAGCCAGAAGUGCAAGUCUCAGGGCAAAGAAAAUGAAGGCCAUUGGCUACUCAAGGGGAAACUGAAAUAUUUGAAAUGGAGCAUUUCAAAACGGCUUUCUGAAGACUGACUUUGGAAAACUACUUAGAAGCUUUUAAAGAUGGCGGCCUGGAAGCAGGCGGGUCGCCGCAGCACCGCCGCCCACGCAUGGGUGUGGGCGUGCCUCGUAGCGUGCCUGUGGCGGGGCUCGUGGGCGCAGGUGGCGCCAUGCUCCUUCAACCUCAUGUGCACGUGCCGCUACGCCGCCGACGCGCCCAGCGCGGCCUACACGACCAGCCAGUACCUGGAACACGUCACUGAAGUGACCUGCGUCGGCGUCCCCUUCGCCAGAAUACCAGCUAUCCCGCCGGGCCUGGUCAUGCAGAUGGACGUGGUCAACUCGGGGCUGGAGGUCAUCGCGGACAGGGAUUUCGGGGACGUCCAGGUGGAGAACCUCAGGCUCAUGUCCAACCACAUCCGCCUCAUCGGGGACAAGGCCUUCGGCCAGAUGAGUUACUCUCUCCGCUCGCUGGACCUGAGCUACAACGAGCUCGCCGGAAUUCCCCGCCAGGCCCUGCGCCCCCUCAGGAGCUUGGAGUGGCUCAACCCUAUCCCGCCGGGCCUGGUCAUGCAGAUGGACGUGGUCAACUCGGGGCUGGAGGUCAUCGCGGACAGGGACUUCGGGGACGUCCAGGUGGAGAACCUCAGGCUCAUGUCCAACCACAUCCGCCUCAUCGGGGACAAGGCCUUCGGGGAAUUGUCAGAUUGCACAGGACUUAAUGAUUGGCGAUUUAGCUUACCAAUUGAAUGUGGCCAUAUUUUGGAAGUGUUCUGUGGAAUGCACCAUUAG